AUGACUACCAGACGACAACACCAGCCUGGACUCCACAAUCUCGAGAUCCGCCAGCGGCCCCGACAUUCUUGGCUACAGACAGUCUGGGGCGCUCUCUUCUUGGUCGUGUUUCUCUUCGCAUGUGUAGUAAUCAAUGCCUCGCAAUUCGUCUUCUUGCUACCGCUGAAGCUCUUCCCGUUUGCCUGGGCCGACGCCGUGUACUUUGAGGGCAUCCGAUGCAGCAAGGGAGCUUUCGGUGCACUUAUCGUUUUGAUGAGCCAAUUGUUUGCCCCGACCAAGCUGAUGAUCACGUUCGAGAAGGAGGGACAAGGCCGACUUACAGACGAGGAAAUUGACGCGCUUGUCGAACGAGGCAAGGGAGGCCGGGUUGUGGGACUACAUCUUCCCCAAAGGGCUGUGCUCAUAGCGAACCAUCAGGUGUACGCGGACUGGUGGUAUGACUGGUCGCUGGCGUACUUCAUGGGGACCCAUAAAGAUGUGUAUAUUGUACUCAAAGAUAGUUUGAAGUGGAUACCAAUCAUCGGUUGGGGCAUGCAAUUAUUUAAAUUCGUCUUCCUCAAGCGGUCAUGGGCGUCGGAUCGUCUCCACCUGUCCAACAGUCUGUCUUGGCUGGGACGUCAGGCAGAGAAGCGGGAUGUCCCGCUGAUGUUCAUCCUAUAUCCUGAAGGCACUCUGGUAAGUAAAGAUACAAGACCUUUAAGCAAGAAGUUCGCGGACAAGAUGGGGAUUCCGGACAUGAUGCACACACUUCUUCCUCGCUCAACAGGACUCCACUAUUCCCUGCGUUCCCUCUCACCUCGUGUACCCACUCUACGGCUAAUUGACAUUACGAUGGCAUACCCAGGCAUCCCACCGUUUGGAUACGGUCAAUCCUACUACACAUUACGCUCAAUAUUCCUCGACGGCGUACCUCCUCCCACCAUUCAUAUGCACAUACGGUGCUUUGAUGUGGCACGGGAGGUGCCUAUAGGCGACCUAUCGGCUAGCAACCCCAAUGCACUCCCUACUUCAUCCCCCGGAGAACACACACUAGAAGUAGAAAUCCCUGAGGCUGAGCGAGACAGAUUCGAUCUAUGGCUGCGAAAUCUGUGGCGCGAGAAGGACAGGUUGCUGUCCCAGUAUCUCGACACGGGCUCUUUUGUGGGCACGAAAGAGUUGCAGCUCAACGUUCCACUCAUAUUGAGGCGCAGGCGCGACUUGUUUGAUGCGUUGGGCCUCUUCAUGCCAGUAGUGGUCUUUUGGGCAUGGUGGAGACUUAUUUGA